AUAUCUCUAGUGGGUUAGGUAAGUGGCAAGUGGGUUACUUAUUCUCACAUGGAACAGAGAAGAGAGAGUGUGUUUGUGAGAAAUGGAACAGAUUUUUGCUCUGUUUACCAUUUUUUUGGCUUUUGCUUUCUCCGGGAGAUGCAGCGACGAUUUCAGCAGAUAUGAUUUUCCCGAUGGAUUCGUCUUCGGUGCUGGCACUUCUGCUUAUCAGUGGGAAGGAGCUGCUACGGAAGACGGAAGGAAACCUAGCGUGUGGGACACGCUUUGUCACUCUCGUAACCAAGGUAACGGAGAUAUGACAUGUGAUGGGUAUCACAAGUACAAGGAAGAUGUGAAGUUGAUGGUGGACACUAACUUAGAUGCGUUUAGAUUCUCCAUCUCUUGGUCUAGGCUAAUACCUAAUGGAAGAGGCCCUGUUAACCAAAAGGGUGUAGAAUUUUACAAGAACCUCAUCUAAGAAUUAGUAACGCAUGGAAAUGAACCAUAUGUUACACUAUACCACUACGAUCAUCCUCAGUAUCUUGAGGAUGAAUAUGGAGGAUGGCUCAACCGCCUAAUGAUCAAAGACUUUACUGCUUAUGCAGAUGUCUGCUUUAGAGAGUUUGGAAACCACGUCAAAUUCUGGACAACGAUCAACGAGGCUAAUGUAUUCUCUAUUGGAGGUUACACCGAUGGGCUGACACCACCUGGUCGUUGUUCUAUACCAGGCAGAAACUGCUUGUCAGGGAACUCUUCCACUGAACAAUAUAUUGUAGGCCAUAAUUUGCUUCUUGCACACGCCUCUUCUUCAAGAAUAUACAAGCAAAAGUACAAGGAUAUGCAGGGAGGUUUCGUAGGCUUAAGCUUAUAUUUUUUAGGGCUUAUUCCUUCUACAAGCUCCAAGGAUGAUUACAUUGCAACUCAAAGAGCCAAAAGUUUCUACACCGGCUGGAUGCUUGGUCCUCUUAUAUAUGGACACUAUCCAGAUACAAUGAAAAGAAUCGUUGGAUCAAGCUCAUCAGAUUUCAUAGGAGUCAUACACUAUCAUGCGGUUUCUGUCACAAACAUCAAAUCCAAACCUUCUCUGUCCGGGAACCAAAAUUUCUACUCAGACAUGGGCGUAUCUUUUCAUUAUUUUGGAAAAAUCUUCGAUUUCAAGUAUGCUGUUGCUCCAUGGGCUAUGGAAGUUGUCCUGGAGUAUAUAAAGCAGAGCUAUGGAAAUCCUCCUGUCUACAUUCUUGAGAAUGGUAUACCGAUGAAGCAAGAUUCGCAGCUGAAACAGAAGGAUACACCAAGGGUGGAAUACUUGCAUGCUUACAUUGGUGGUGUGCUCAAAUCCGUUAGGAAUGGAUCAGAUACAAGAGGCUACUUCGUAUGGUCGUUUGUGGAUUUAUACGAGAUUUUCGGGGGAUACGAGGUUGGUUUUGGAUUGUACUCUGUCAAUUUCAGUGAUCCUCAUCUCAAGAGAUCUCCCAAACUCUCUGCUCAUUGGUACUCUGAUUUUCUCAAUGGCAAAACUGCCUUUCUUGGUUCUCAAGGCAUCGCGGAAUUGCAGAGCAACUUAUCUUUAAACUCCUACUAGUGUUGCAUAUAUAUAUAUAUAUAUUCUGAUGAAACUGUGUUUUUUGUGAGAAAUGUAAUGAAUAAAAUCUCAUGUUGUACUUAUAAGUUGUACUAUUUGAUGAUGUUGCUGGUAAUUGUCAAUCUUGUACAUUUGCAUGUAUUGAAACUUCUGGCACGAA